UAAUUCUUCAGUUCCAAACCACUCAUAAAUUCUCGUCCCUUUCCUCAUAAAUCAUCGAAGAAUUGUUCAUCUCUUCCACCCAAUAAAUUCACGAAACUGAAAUUCCCACAGAUUCAAAUGCAACCAUAAAAGCAACCUGAGAAUUUUCAGAAAUCGAGGAGAUGAGCCCGACCCGGCCGCAAUCCCCACCCGACCCGUUUAAGGCAUCCAAGGAGAAAUCCGGCGACGCCCUAACCACAUCCUUGAAGGCCGCGAUUGCGAUCAUCUUAUCCUUCUCUGUCUCCUUCGCUCUCUACACCCUUGUCCACGUCACCUCCGCCCGACCCGCUUUCUUCCGGUCGCCCGACCCGAUACACCGCCAACAGAGACUCGGCUCCUCCGCCGCCGACGAACCGGCCACGAAUAUUUCCCACAUAGCCUUCGGGAUCGGCGGCUCGGCUCGGACGUGGCAGAGCCGGGGGCGCUAUUCGGAUCUCUGGUGGAAACCCGGCGCCACCCGGGGCUUCGUUUUCCUUGACGAAGAACCGGGCCGGGAGACCGGCCGGUUCAAAAUCCAGCACCGGGUCUCGUCCGACUGGAGGCGGUUUAGGCACACGGCCGGGUCGGAUUCGGCCGUUCGGAUCGCCCGGAUUGUGGCGGAUUUGUUCCGUACUGAGUUGCCGGAGGUGCGGUGGCUGGUGAUGGGGGAUGACGACACCAUCUUCUUCCCGGAGAACGUGGCGGCGGCGCUGGCGAGGUACGAUCACCGGAAAAUGGUGUACGUCGGCGGAAGCUCGGAGAGCGUGGAACAAGACGUGAUGCAUGCGUACGGCAUGGCGUUUGGCGGCGGCGGUUUCGCAGUUAGUUAUCCACUCGCGGCCGGUUUGGUGAGCGAGAUCGACGGCUGUCUUGACAGGUACCAUUAUUUCUACGGCUCAGAUCAGCGCGUGUGGGCGUGUGUGGCGGAGUUCGGUGUGGGAUUGAGUAGAGAACCCGGUUUUCACCAGACCGACAUUCGCGGCGAUCCGUUCGGUCUCCUGUCGGCGCAUCCGGUGGCUCCGCUGGCGUCGCUCCACCACCUGGACAACGUUAAUCCGCUCUUCCCAGGCAAGACGCAGCUAGAAUCACUGACACGUCUGUUCCAGGCGUACGAGUUCGAUCCUUCUAGAACCCUCCAGCAGUGCUUCUGCUACCACGCCGACCGCCGGUGGUCGGUCUCCGUCGCCUGGGGCUACGCCGUCCAAAUUUACCCUCUCUUCUUAACUCCGGCCGACCUGACCACGCCGGUCCUCACUUUUCAGACAUGGCGGACCCGAAGCAACGGUCCUUUCACCUUCAACACUCGCCGUCUCGAUCCCGACCCUUGCCGGCGACCGUUUGUCUUUUAUAUGGACUCUGUUAAGGAUUCCGAUUCCGGCGAGACAUUGACGAGGUAUCUUAAACUUGCAGAAAACCCUAACCCUCCACAGAACUGUGAUCAAAGUUAUGCACUUGCUAUGGCUAUUGAGGACAUCCUCGUCUUCGCGCCAAAAAUGGAUCCUGGAGAUUGGAAACAGGUUCAGAGGCCAAGAAGGCAUUGCUGUGAGAUCAUUCCAACAGGAAAUAAUACCACACAGACUGCUGGAACGUUGAGGAUUCGAGUGAGAAAGUGUAAACCUGCAGAAAGGAUAUCCAUUUGAUCAUCCUUCUGUAAGGCUUUUGUCUUUUUUCUUACACUGCACCAAUAUAUAUAUAUAUAUAUUGAUUGAUUAACUGUUUGUAAAUAAUUAAUUAUUCAAAUAUUGUGAUAGCACUGAUCGGAUUUUUUUGGCAUUUUUAUUUAUUUUGUGACAACCCAAUAUC